ACAGCCUCGAUGCAUCUUCUUUGUGUGUUUACCUGUUCCACGUGCUCCGCAAGACCAUUUUGUGCUUGAGCGCCACCAAGUCGUGUUUUACUGGAACUUCAGCAGCGCCAGGCACGUGAACAAAAGCGCCAAUCUCAUUGGUCGGCCAACUUUUAACGCGCCGCGUCAAACCAAAAAAACGCGUCCGAGGCGUUUUUCUGAAAAUGACGCUUUUGCGCGUCGCGCUUUUCGCGUGGGUGUGCGCACUCACAUUGGCGCUCGUUCUUGAGUCACGAGACGUUAAACGUCGACGAUAAACGCGCCCGAAAAACGUCCCGGUGUGUAAAGACCUUUACUUUACCUCACAGCGAAAUAAACCCGAGGCUUUGGUUGUAGGAUGGCAAAUGAAGCAAAGCCCUGUCCAUGUGAUAUAGGGGACAAGAUUGAAUAUGGGGGUCUCGGAGAGGAAGUUCAGAUUGAACACAUUAAAGCCUAUCUGGUCAAACAUGCAACUUCAAAAAAGGCAAUUAUUGUAAUUCAAGACAUUUAUGGAUGGCAGCUUCCAAACACCAGAUACAUGGCCGACAUGCUCUCAGCAAAUGGAUACAUUACUAUAUGUCCAGAUUUCUUUGUUGGAAAAGAGCCAUGGAGCCCAUCUCAUGACUGGUCAACAUUUGAACAAUGGCUAGAGGACAAAAAACCUACAGACAUCAAAAAGGAAUUGGAUGUUGUACUGAAGUACCUGAAGGAGCAGUGUGGUGCAAAUGAUAUAGGUGUUGUGGGUUUCUGCUGGGGUGGGGUUGCAACCCACUAUAUUGCUCUUCAAUAUCAAGAAAUCAAAGCUGGAGUCUCGGUCUAUGGUAUUGUUCGAGAGAGAGAAGACAGAUUUGAUCUCAAAGCUCCAACCCUCUUUAUCUUUGCACAAAAUGAUGCAGUCAUUCCUCGUUAUCAGGUGACUAUACUAGAGACGAAACUGGCGGAAAAGUGCACGGCUGACUUCAAAGUGAAAAUCUUCCCAAAUCAGACUCACGGGUUUGUCCAUCGGAAGAGAGCAGACAUUAACCCAGAUGAUAAACCCUACAUUGAAGAAGCCAGGAAAGAUAUGAUAAACUGGUUAAAUAAGUACAUGUAAGCUGUGGUGGUCUAUAAAGCAUUUAAACGGUUUAAAAUAAAAAAAUCAUACAUUAAGGCGGCAUAAUGUGUUUAUGCAAUUAAAAGUUAUGCAGUUCUGUUUUCUCGGAUGAUAAAGAAACACUUUUGAGGGAAGGACAACUAUUAGACUCAAAUCUGAAAACAAAAUUUUAAUGAUCACUUCAGUACUACAUUGACAGAGAACUGUAUCAAAUGAUAAAUAACUGUACGAAGGUUCUGACACAUUCCUUUAGAAGUGCUGUAGAUGGUUUACUUUAACAGCUACACAAGGUUCAGUCUUCAGAUUCGCCAGGGCCUCUGAUGUCAUCGAUCUUCAGGAUCAUCUUCACUACUUGAGUGGCCAAAGAAAUCUGCUGUUUCUUUCCAAUAAGGGUCUCGAUUACGUGUUGUUUCUUCAUGUCUGCAAAGAUUAAAAUAAGUAAUCAUUCAUUACCAUAUAGAACUAAGCAAGUGUUAAAAAACUAAAUAAAACAUGAAAAAAAAAUUUGACUGCAUAUUAUGAUCACUAAUGAUGCUUUUACACAACUACUAAUACCUUUAAACCAUUUAAUAACCGUUUUCUACAUUUUCCAUUGUGUUUACGUGUAGAUUUUGUUUAAUUACUGUACAACACUAUAUAAUAAAGGAAUCCAUACCAUUUGUUCCCAAGUUUAAGCAGUCAAU